AUGGGUUGGUUUUGGGCUGAUACUGCUCCUGCCGUGCCGCAGAUGCCCAUGGGUCAUCCACCUGCGACAUCUGGUGAACCUCCUAGCGCAUGCCCCAUGCACAAGAAAACGGCCGAUGCAUUCAAGGUCGAACCCAAGGUCGAACCGAAGCCGUCCGGUGGCUGCCCUGUUCCUCAUGGGGAGGGGAAGCAUGACGUGCCCGCGUCUGGUGGCUGUCCCGUCCCCCACGACAAGAGGGACGCCAUGGCUGCCGCGAAACCCGCACCGUCGGGGGGAUGCCCCGUCCCUCACGCCAAGAAGGAGGAGGAGAAGCCCAAGUCGAUGCUAUCGCAGUUGAACCCCCUCAACUACAUGUUCCGCGACCUAUCGCAGAAACCCGCCGAGAACCAGGAAUUCGCGCUACCAACGGAGCGCGAGGAGUCAACCAUUCCCAAGGGCGAGGGCCAGGGCACGUGGGAGUACCCGUCGCCUCAGCAAAUGUACAACGCCCUUCUGCGCAAGGGAUACGCCGACACGGACAUCACGGCCGUCGAGUCCAUGGUUUCGGUGCACAACUUCCUCAAUGAGGGCGCCUGGGCCGAGAUCCUGGGCUGGGAGCAGCGCUUCGCCCGCGGGCUGUACAAGGGCUGGGAGCUCUGCAGGCGCGGCGAGGAGCAUGCCGAUGAAGAGCUCGAGCGCCGCUGGGAGGAGCUGGAGCCCACCACGCCCAGCCUCAUCCGCUUCCAAGGCCGUCCAAAGGACCUCACACCCAAGGCUACCAUGCUCCAGGUCCUGGGGUGGAUUUACCCUUCCAGGUUUGGCACCGACCUGCCCUUUGACCGACACGACUGGUUCGUCUCGCGUACGGUCAACGGCAAGCAGAAGGAGAUUCGCUACGUCAUUGACUACUAUGAGGGAGAGCCUGAGCCCACCGGCGAGCCCGUCUUCUACCUCGACGUGCGGCCUGCUGCCACUCCCCUGGGUGCUGCCGAGCGAAUCAUCCGCUGGAGCACUGACGUCUGGUGGAAGGCCAGUGGUGGUGAUGUCCGGGAGCAGAUCCCUCGGUCUUUUCCCAAGUCAUCAUGA